AUGCCGAUUAUGUACAUGGAUCCCGUGGCGAACCUGGGGAAGGACUACGUUCUUCCCCUUUCCUGGGUGCGCAUAUUUCUCUACUGGCACGGAAGCCUCUUGCAGCGCUUGCUGUUCGAAGUGUGCAUCCUGUUCGGUCUCGCUGCUUUUAUUAUUGCCAUGAAGCUUUACGUUGCAGAGUGGCCACGCUUCCUUCUAGAAGUCUUUGCAAAUAUUGUCAACAUUCUUUCAGGCGUGUUGACGCUCCUGCUGGGGUUCUAUGCCAGCACCAUCUACAGCCGCUGGUGGUACACGCGCACGAACAUGUUCGGGACCGCGCAAGGUGGAGUGUACAACUGCGGUUUCAUGUUGAACGCGCUCGUCUACGACGAUGAGAAUCCGGAACUUUGCGCCCGCUUUAAGCAGCGGUUUCUCCGUUGGAUGAACCUCGCUUUCGGAAUCAUGCUCAUGGACGUCACCUCUGGUGGAUCGCAUCUCUUCGAGUCCUUUGAUAGCAUGGAACGCAUCGGUUUGGUGACCCCCGAGGAGCGCUAUCGCCUGGAGCAUGACGUGGAGCGUGUGCGCUUCACGCUGCCCAUUAUGUGGGCGGGUCAUAUGCUUACGCGCCUCCGGGAUAAUAAUCACCAGUUUCACAUUACGGAUCGGGUACACAUGCAGCUGUCGAUCGAGUUGGCUUACUUGCGGCAGGGUCUCGGUGGAUGCUAUCUCAUGAAGAACACACCGGUGCCGCUUCUCUAUGUGCAGUUCGUGGAGGUUGCUGUCCGAAUGUACGUUAUUAGCAUGAUUCUGCUUGUAGGUGAUUUGAACUUGCUGUCUGGAACCUUUCAAGAACGCGGCAACGAUAGAUGGGUCGAUCUCGUCUACAUCGCAGCGCUGUUUUUCAUCUACGUCGGCUGGCUUCAUGUAGCGGAGGAACUUGCAAACCCCUUCCGAAUAGCCCCGGAUGGACUCGAUUUGGAUGACCUUCUCUCCGGACAACGAUGCGAUGUGAUGACCAUGUCCGACUCGACGCGUCAACGUUUACCGAAACCCGAGGUGAUUCAGGAAGCGCCGCUUCCAGGAGAGCAGGGCUGGUAUUUGCCGAUUAUAACCCGAGAUCACAGCUACGAGCCUGUUCCCUACUGGUACAGUUUUUGGUACAAUCUCAUCCGUCGCCGAAAGUGCAGCACCGCGCCUUCACCUCAUUCCAUUAUUUGGGGAUUCUAUCCCGAGAAACAGCCGCUGCUUACCGAGCCAGAAAAGAAACAUGCAGCAUCAAAUCCAUCGGCGUGGUCCAACGUAGUGCAUGUACACCCGGGAGCUUCACAACAUUGGAACGUGAGUCACCGCAACGACGGGCCAGCGCCCAUGGCCUCACAUUGCCCAAGCGGGCUGGUCAGUUCGGGUUUCGGCGGACUUGGUGUGGAUAGCAGCAGUGCUGACGGCGGCGGCAGUGUAUUAUGA